ACUUCCGUUGUCGUACAGCUGCCUUGGCGGAUGUUGAUGUUUUGUUUUGCUCGGUGUCGUUGAACGAUGUGAGCUGUAACAUUCCCACGGUUUAGUCGUUUUUUUUGUUCCCCUGAUUUCGUUGAUCUUUGCGCGGCGAGGCUUUGCGGCGUGUCGACCCCGAGUCCCUCCGGUGGUUUCCCCGGAUCGUGAAAUGAUGGAGGACUUUGACGAGAUCUACGAAGAGGAGGAGGAGGAGGAAGAAGACGAAGACAGGGCCGCAGAGGAGCAGCUUCUGAAGUACUCUCCGGACCCGGUGGUGGUGCGCGGAUCCGGACAUGUCACCGUGUUUGGGCUUAGUAACAAAUUUGAAGCAGAAUUUCCCUCAGCUCUCACGGGAAAGGUGGCACCAGAAGAAUUCAAAGCCAGUAUCAACCGCGUGAACAGCUGCCUGAAGAAAACUCUGCCUGUAAAUGUGCGGUGGCUCCUGUGUGGCUGCCUCUGCUGCUGCUGCACAUUAGGCUUCAGCUUGUGGCCAGUCAUCUGCCUCAGCAAAAGGACCAUACGAUCUUUAGAAAAGCUGUUGGAGUGGGAGAACAACAGACUUUAUCACAAGUUGUGUUUGCAUUGGAGAUUAAGCAAAAGGAAGUGUGAAACAAACAAUAUGAUGGAAUAUGUAAUACUCAUAGAGUUCUUGCCGAAAAUUCCCAUCUUCAGACCGGACUAGCCUGACUCCAGAUGAGCGCACAUCUGCACUGCUGCCCAGUCCAUGAAGGCUGUUCUGUUCGGAAAACGGCUCUACCUUAACACUCCAACAGUUUGUUUACAGCGUUCCCCCCCCCCAAACACCCUGCAUAACCUCAUCAUUUUGGAGUGAACUUUUUAAAGAGCUCUGUGAACUUGCACAAUGACAAGACACGUGAACAGCACCAGCCUGUGAAAGAACAUCUAACAACCAGCUAUGGGCAGCACUAUUGAGUUUUUACAGCCUUAUUUGAACUGCAAAUGCCUAAACUUUGACUUCUGCAAAUUACAACUGGAUUUAUUUUUAAUUUGACAAAAUAAGAUUAUGGCAAUUACUGUAAGAAUGUUGCUCUUUUGUCCUAACAGCUACAAUACUUUGAAAUGUACACCACACAAUGGUUUUGGUAAAGAAACUUGAAGAAAAAAGAAAUGAGAAAGAGAUGUCAGGCUAACUAGCUCUGCAGCAGAAGGACAGCAAUUCUAUUGUUCCUUUUUCACACCAGUGGAGUGACAUCUUUUUUUGAAACCAGAAACGUUAUUGUCCCCUUUCCUUAGCUGUAUCACCCCAACUGAAUGACAAUCAGUCCUGAGUGUGAGCUCAGGCCCUGGCUGCAAGAUUUAAACUGGAUGGAAACCAAGAGUGACAAAUACAAGUGAUUUUUAAGCAUUUUAAGGUUUUGUUUACUCCGGGAUGCAGUUAUUCUGUGAUGGAGCUGAUCACUGUGGAGUGUCUGACAAAGAGAACAAGAAGCAAAAAGCCAAUCAGACAUUAAUCACACAUUCUACCACACUCUACUGCAGGGUUCUUUUAAGCCUUUUCAUUUCUACUGCAUGUUUAUUCAUAUGUCACAUGUGUGAACGGGCAUUCAUUCCUCAAUUAAUUGUUAUUGAUUACUAUUACGUGGUUAUGUUCUACACUUAAGCACACUUUAGCUUUUUUUCCCUUUUUUUUUUUUUUUUUUAUAUGACCUGCUUAUGUUUUUCACUAUCGCUUUGUUUAAGCAAAAGUCCAUGAAGCGAAGGUUGUUUUCUUAGAUUUCUUAGGAUAAAUGAAGCUUGACUUGUAAAUGAAGUGGAGAGUUUGGUAAUUGAAAUAACAAAUUAAUAUCUUAAACUUGAACGAUUAGAAACUAGAUUCUAAGUCACAACAAAACUCGAUAUUAUCAAAGGCUAAAUAUAAUUAAUCACUUUCAAAUAAUUCUCAGGAUAUAGUAACCUUAAAAAAAUGUAGCAUUAAGUGUCACUGUUGGGUUUGUUCAAAGGUCUACAUGGGUAACACCAGUGGAACAUCACUUUAUCAUUAACAGAUUAUUAUAUUAUAUACCAUAUUAUGAUUUGAGAGAUGUCAGCCAAAAAAUAUGCACAUAGUCGGUGUUGACACGUCACUCAUGCAUGUUUAUCCAUGUCAGAAGGCAGAAUGGUUUGAUACCAGCAUGGUUUUGGUCUAAUCAAGACUAAGACCAAAUAUAAGUGUUUGCAUAUAUUUCUGUUCUUGAAAUUCGCAAAUGAAACCUUUUUUAUAUUUCUCCUAAGUGUUUUGUUGUGUCAGAUGAGUGAAAGAUACUGUAUGUCCAUAUACUCGAAAUAUCUUACCAGUACAGUAAACUACCAAUAAAUAAGGCAUUGGGCCUCCUGCUCCAAA